GUUAUAUGUUGUUGAAAGUAAUAGGCGAGUCACGACCCAGUAUACCAUCGCCUGCCUUGACUCGAAACCGUGGUGGUUACAUCGAAAAGAGCCCCCCAGUCUGUUCGAGCCAGGCUCUGACGGAGUAUAAUAAUUUGUAAACUCCUGUCUCAAGCUGGUCACCUUCCAGUCACACUCUCUCUUGAUCACAGUUUGGCUGGAUAAAUCUCCUCGUUUUCUCUGGAUCCGUUGUUGCAUUUGACCAACCGCAUUCCCUUGUGCCACAUCUUGGUUUUGUUCAGUAUCUGCGCACUUGUUUGAAGUGCCAUCAACAAUGGAUAGUCCUCGACGAUCAGAUGCAAGCUCUCCUGCGGAGCCCUGCUCUCCGGUAUGCGUGGACACACCAGCGACACAGUCCUCUGUCCUGUUCGACGGCAAUCUGGAUGACUUGUUGCGGAACUUCCCUCUUCGUCAGUACAUCCUGGUCACUGGCGGGCUCGGGUUUAUCGGAAGUCACACAACAUUAGAGCUGCUGAAGGCCAGCUAUAACGUGGUUGUGAUCGACAAUCUCAGCAAUUCUUUCCAAAGUGUCUUCGACCGCAUCAAGCACUUGGCGCAGAAGCACCAUGACGAGCGAGGAACUGAAAUGCCAGCUCUGCAUCUGGCUGCUCACGACUACCGAGACACUGCCGCUCUCAGGCAGCUUCUCGACCAGUAUCAGGUCGAUUCUAGAUGGGGCACUCCCAAGUCCAAAAUUUCCGGCGUGAUCCACUUUGCUGCGUAUAAAGCAGUCGAGGAGAGCAUAAAAAAUCCGUUGAAGUACUAUGCAAACAACGUUAGUGGUCUCAUUGACUUUGCCUCGACACUCGGAAAGUACGGCAUCAAAACAUUCAUAUUUUCCUCAUCGGCAACCGUUUAUGGCACUUUAGCCACUUCUGGUCUUCCACUCAAGGAAGAGCUCUGCGCCCACAAGGAUGAAAUUUACCACGACGCAGAUGGAGUCGCUCAAACCAUCAGAGCAGGGUCUACGGGAAUUACCAAUCCCUAUGGGCGCACCAAGUGGAUGUGCGAAGCCAUACUGGCGGAUCUUGCAGCUUCUGAUCCGGAGUGGACGAUUGUUGCGCUCCGGUAUUUCAACCCAAUCGGCUGCGACGAGUCGGGAUUGCUCGGUGAGGAUCCGAAACAGACCCCUACGAAUCUUUUGCCGGUGGUCGUAAAGGUCAUGACCGGAGAGUACAAUGAACUCUCAAUGUUCGGCACUGACUGGGAGACGGAAGAUGGCACCGCCGUACGUGACUUCAUCCACGUAACCGACUUAGCCCGAGGGCAUAUAGCUGCUCUUGACGCUGCCAACGAAAGAAAGUUAGCUGAGAACUUCCGCGCCUUCAACUUGGGAACUGGGCGCGGACACUCAGUCAAGGAGGUAGUGGACGCUAUGGAAAGCGUGUCGCGCAAACAAAUCCCUGUUAGAGCAGCCCCUCGUCGCCCUGGGGAUGUUGGAUCCUGCGUUGCCGUUGCUACCAGAUCGCAGCAGGAGCUCCGAUGGAAGACUGAAAAAUCACUUACGGACGCAUGUGGAAGUCUGUGCAAGUUCUUGGAAGUUAGCGGUGUUACUUUAUGA